GCGCGUCCCCGGGGAGAACCACGGUGCGCGCGCCCGGACGGGGGGGGGACGCUCCCUCAGCUGCUGCCAUCGCUGCCAGCUUCCCCCCGCCCUCCUCCGAGAGGGCUCCGGGCCCUGCGCGGCUCCGACGGGCACCCCAGGCGGGGACGAUUCCUGUUAGAAGCCCUGGCACAUAAAGAAAAGUUGUUUCUGGUGGACAAUGCUCAGAGACACUAUGAAGUCUUGGAGUGACAGCCAGACAGAUGUUUACAGCAGUGACCAAGAAGAGGAAGAAGAAAUGAUCUUUGGAGAAAAUGAAGAUGAUUUGGAAGAGAUGAUGGAUUUAAGUGACUUGCCUACCUCACUCUUCGCUUGCAGUGUGCCAGAAGCUGUGUUUGAGGUACAAGAAGAAAAGGAAAGAUUUGAAGCACUUUUCACGAUCUACGAUAAUCAAGUUACAUUCCAGUUGUUUAAAAGCUUUAGAAGAGUAAGGAUAAAUUUCAGCACCCCAGAGGCGGCAGCAAGAGCACGGAUAGAAUUGCAUGAGACAGACAUCAGUGGGAAAAAGCUGAAGCUGUAUUUUGCACAGGUCCAGAUGUCCAGUGAAGUAGGAGACAAGUCCUACCUCCUUCCCCCAGAGCCUGUCAAACAGUUUCUGAUAUCGCCUCCUGCAUCUCCACCUGUUGGAUGGAAGCAAAGUGAAGAUGCAACUCCUGGAAUAAACUAUGACUUACUCUGUGCUGUUUCCAAAUUGGGUCCAGGAGAGAAAUACGAGCUUCAUGCAGGAACGGAGUCUACUCCUAGUGUAGUCGUUCACAUUUGUGAAAGUGAAACAGAGGAGGAGGAGGAAAUUAAAAAUCCAAAACAGAAAAUCCUUCAGACAAGGCGCCCAGAUCCUACUCCAACAAUACUAAGUGAAUCUAAAACAUUUGAUUGUACACGGGAGGUAGGGGGUACCAUGCACUGUUAAGUCUUGUGAUGCUGUAAACAAUAUCUAUUUGAGGAUAGUAAAUUAAUACGUGUAUUAAUGUCUGCAUUGCUGCAUUAUAUAUGGCAGCAGGAGAUUUUACUUGUAGUUGUCUCUCAUGUUCAAGUUCUUAGAUGCCAAUAUUCUAAACAGCACUUUAAUUUGUAAAUCUAACCCCCCAAGUGCAGCAAGUCCACCAGAUUUAAAAUAAUGGCAAAGCAGGAGGUUGAGUUUUUUUGAAGAUAUGUUCACAUUUCCUUGAUAUUGUAUAGCACGAUGUACCAAAUGCUGAAAGAAUAUCUUAUCAGUACCAUCUAUACUAUUGGGUACAAAAUAGUUUAUUUUAUAACAGUCAAAUGUGAUUUUUUUUGUACUGGUACAACAUCUUAUAUUUAAUCAAUAUAUUAAUUCGAAGUGUAAUAUACAGUGUACAUGAAAAUUCCUCCACAGAUUGGCCCAUUUGUGAAUAUGUUCCAUUUACUUUUCUCAGAAAUGCCAAAUACUUUUUUUUUUAAAGGUACCUUUAUGAUUUGACAUGAGGAACAAAUACAUGUGCAGGAUUAAAUAAGUUGUAGUUGGCAGAACUGCAAUUUGGGGAGGAGGGGGGAGAGGGGAAACCACAGACCACUUAGGAGGCAGAUGGAGUUUGCCUCUACAAUAUUAUGCUGCUGUAGGAUGGUGUUACGCUGAUAGGUACAAUUGUUUGCAUCGACAGUUGAUUGAAAUAAAACUGACUUACAGGAUGUUGAGUGAAACAUGGUUUCGCCUAUAGAAUGUUAAACCUCCAGUCCUCUCUAACAAUAUUGUAAUGUCCCCCUGUCAUGGAGAUGGCCUACAUUAUAUGUAAAGUGAAUAAUCAUUAGAUUAUGGUUGUGAUAUUAGGGGAUAAGAGGUCCAGCGUUAGUUUUUAACGUUUGCUCCUAAACUUUUACAGUUUGCUUCCUUUUUUAAAGACAAUCAGUUGCUAGGAUGGUUCAACCAAUCUCCACUCUGUUUUUAUCCAGGUUGCACUCCUGAUUUACUGUUCCGAUUUAAAAAUAUGGUAUUUUUCAUGGCAUCCUAUAUGGCUGAUAGCACAUCUGCAAUUUCUGAAAUAGGAAGCACCUUUUGAAAUAUACAUUUGUGGUUUUGUGAAUUUCUGUGUUAAGUGUUUUAGUAGGAGGAAAUAUGCCUCAGUUUAGUGGCACGUGCUCCUAUGGUUUUAUGCUAUUUUAUAAGCAACCUUUUUUAGCCUACACAGAUUUUUUUCUAUAAAAAAUAGCUAAGAAAUUCUUUGUGAACAAACUAGGCUGUUUAGGUUCAUAUUUGAUUCUGUACAUAAAUCACUCUGAAAUUGGCCUUUAUACAUAAUUAAAAAACAGUAUCAUGAUUUGGGUAAAGGGUUUAUUGAACUCUCAAAAGCAUUUUUACUUGAUUGACAGCAAGAGAGUGCAUUAAUGGUGAUAAAUUCAAACAGGCGCAGUAGAUAUGACUUCAAUAUUGUGUCAGCUGUUGAUUCUUUCCUGCCAUCAACUUCAAGUUGCAAAAUGGGAUCCUGCAGGCAGGUCCUCAUUUUGGAGACAGGAAUAGCAUACAUUUGAGCAGGGGGAAAGUAAGAAAAAUCUUUCCUCUUGUGUGUCUUGUGCGUAUUGGCAUAACGUUUAUGUAGCUCUUUAUUAUCAAGCCAUUCAAAGUCUAGCUUCUCUUUUUCACUGUUCCCCACCUCCAGUUGCAAACUUAUGUUGUCAGUAGGGCCUUGUGCAUUUUAAAAUGCCAGAAAUCAGUUUGGGAUUUUCUGUAAUGUUACAUUUUUGUCAGUUGUUCAUUUACCCCUUCGCAAAUGUUGUAAAGUGGAAAAACUUCAGGCAAAUUAGGCAAAUGAUCGAGUCAGUAAUGCUAUUGUGAAAGUAGCGUGUGUGAAAUGUCUGAUUUGAAUUCCAGCAUAAAAGAUCCAUGGUGUAAAAAAAAGACAUGGAAUAAAAAAUAAGUGCCA